AUGAAUAUAGAAGAUGAUCUUGAAUAUAUUAUUAGUGAUAAUCAUGCAAUUAACGACGACGACGACAACGAUAAUAUAGAUAGUAAUGAUAAUCAUGAAAAGAAUAUACAAAAGCAGCAUGAUAAAUCAAACAACAACAACAACAAUGAGAUCUACAACGAAGAUGAAGACAUAGAGGAUCUUUUAAAUCUUCAAACUGCAAUAGAUGAAGAUGAUGAUUCAAUCAUUUUAGAUAAUAAUAAUAAUAGUGAUACAGAGUUUGUAAUUGAUGAAGACUAUGAUGAUGAUGACGAAGAUGGAGAAGAUGAUCAUUACAACAAAGAUAAUAAUAAUAAUACUGUAAAUAGUUAUAAUGAAGAUGAUGAAAUUCAACGCUCAUCUACAAAGAGAAUAAAGACAAUACAUAAUAAUAAUAAUAAUAAUAAUAAUAAUAAUAAUAAUAAUAAUAAUAAUAAUAAUAAUAAUAAUGACAAUAGUAAUAAAAAUAAUAAUAUGUUUAAUGAAUUUACAAGUGAAAUAUUAAUGGAUAUACCUGUCCUAUCGACUGUAUCACCAACUACAACAACAACUACGACUUCAACAGCAUCAUCAUCUUCAUCUUCAUCAUCAUCAUCAGAUUUAAAUAUAGAUUUAAAUUAUGCAUUACAACUCAACUUGGAGUAUCAAAGAACAAUAAAGAAAUACUUGGAGAAUAUAGAAAAAGCAAUGGAGAAGAAUACAGAAUUACUUAAUAAAGCAAGAAGUCUAUCAUCUACACCACCAAUCAAAACGAAAAGUAUUCAAGAGAAGAAAGCAGGUGCUCCAUUUUUCCAAAAUGAAUCGAAUGAAUCUCCACCUGACAAUCCUGAUACCAUUUAUUUGAAACAACAUUUCGGUGGUAUGCCAAUGUAUUUUAAAGCAAGAAAAUGGACAAAGAAUGAUUGUCAAACAUUGGCAGGUGGAAUCAGAGAGAAGAAUAUGCAGUUGAAACUGUUUGAGAUCUCUGAGAGAAACAUAUCAAAGACAGAGUAUCAGAGAGAGAUGAGCAACGUCUCAAAGAUCACAAUGACAGAGUUGGAGAUGAAUUUGAAUGGUAUCAACUGGGAGAGUCUGUGUAAUGAACAUAUGCCAGGCAGAACACCACUGGAGUGUGAACUGCGGUGGAAGAAUCACGAUCAUCCUUCGAUCAACAAGGAACCUUUCACCAAAGAAGAAGACAAGAAUCUCAUUGCACUCGCAAAGAAAUACGAAGGACAUCAGUGGUUCGAGAUCUGUCGCGAGUUGGGAACGGCGCGCUCAGCUGUUCAGUGCUGUCAGCGCUACCAGCGAAGUUUGAACACCAAGUUUAUGAAGCGUGAAUGGACCAAAGAAGAGGAUGAGAUUCUCCGACGUGAGUAUAACAGGUGUCACUCGGAGGGUGGCGAGAGAAGCUGGCAGCUCAUUGCCGAGGCUCUGGAAGGACGUACCGGACAACAGUGUCUGCAUCGCUGGCAAAAGACAUUGGAUCCCUCGAUUAAGCGUGGUCGUUGGACAGACGAGGAAGACGAUCUCCUACGAAAGGCAGUCGAGCUCUAUGGCAAAGGCAAUUGGAUAUUGAUAAAGAACCAUGUCCCCGGUCGUACCGAUAUGCAGUGUCGUGAGCGUUGGUGUAACGUCGUCGAUCCGAUCCUUGUCAAGAAUGCCUGGACACCGGCCGAGGAUAACCAACUCCGCGCACUCGUAGAGAAGAACGGCAUUGGAAAGUGGGCAUUGGUUGCCAAAGAGAUGAUCACCAGAACCGAUAACCAAUGUUGGCGUCGCUGGAAGCAAUUGUACAGCAAGACUGCGUUCCUCGAGGAGUACAAAGAUAUUCUGAGCAAGAAGAAAGAGAUGAUCGUCAGUAAUUUCGUGGGAAGAGAGAAGGAGAGACCGUCUUUUACUAUCGAUGAUUUCGUCUCACCGGAAAAGUUGAAGGAGAUACAAGAGAUGACUCUUACAGUACCGGAGCUACCACCCACUGUUAGAAGCAAAACUCCAAGAAGAGGUGCUUCCACUGCUAAUUCCUCUACGCCCCGAGCUAGCACCAGAGGAAGCAAACCACCUAGACUUUCGAAAGCUUCUGCUGCUCGUGCUGCCGCUAUACUUGCUAAUGCUUCCAAUCCAUCGACUCCACAAUCACCACAAUCAGAACCACCUACACCAGUAGCACCUCUUCAAUUAGAUGGUAACAACUCUGCACCAACAACUCCACCCACAUCCAAUACAGAGUCAACAACAACUACUACAACUACCACAACCACUACUACAACUACUACUCCUCCAGAAACACCAGAAACACAAGAUGCACCAGCUACACCAACAACAAGAGGUAGAGGUAGAGGAAGAGGAAGAGGUAGAGGUACAAGUCAAACUAGAGGUCAGCCAAAAGCAGCGACUACAACAACAGCUACUACUGCAACACCUCCAGAAACAUCAGAAACAUCAGACACACCAGAGACACCGGCUACACCGACAAGAGGUAGAGGUAGAGGAAGAGGUAGAGGUAGAGGUGCAAAGAGAUCAUAUGAAAUAAUGAAUGAAGUCAGAUCUGAAGACACAGAUCAAGAUAUGCAAAAUGAAUUACAAGAGAUUCUUAGUGAACAACAAGAGAGACAACUAGUACAACCAGAUGAAUAG